AUGAAUUUCCUUUACGACAUUUCCGCUGUAGAAAUUGGUCAACAUUUCUAUUGGAGUCUUGGCGGAUUCCAAAUGCACGGACAAGUACUUAUUAAUUCAUGGAUUGUACUCGGACUUAUUAUUGCGUUUGCAGUAACAACAACUCGUGAUUUAAAACCAGUUCCAGAAGGUGGACAAAACCUUGCUGAAUUUGUUGUAGAGUACAUUCGUGACAUUGCAAAAACUCAAGUUGGACACGACUAUUUAGAAUGGACACCAUUCAUUGGAACGUUAUUCUUAUUUAUUUUCGUUUCAAAUUGGUCUGGAGCUUUAAUCCCAUGGAAGCUUAUUGAACUUCCACACGGUGAACUUGGAGCACCAACAAAUGACAUUAACACAACUGUAGCCCUCGCUCUUCUUACAUCAUUAACAUAUUUCUAUGCUGGAUUAAAGAAGAAAGGAUUAGAGUACUUUGGAAAGUAUGUUCAACCAACCCCGAUCUUACUUCCAAUUAACGUGUUAGAGGACUUUACGAAGCCAUUAUCAUUAAGUUUCCGUCUUUUUGGAAACAUUCUUGCAGAUGAGCUCGUAGUAGCAGUACUCGUAUCAUUAGUUCCUCUUGUGAUUCCGAUCCCACUCAUUUUCCUCGGAUUAUUUACUAGUGGAAUCCAAGCAUUAAUUUUUGCAACACUUGCUGGAGCGUACAUUGGAGAAGCACUUGAAGGACACUAA